AUGUCUAAGCAUAAAUAUAAAAAGAGCACAUCUAGCGCUGAAAAGCAAAAAAUUUUGGGACAGAAAUCAUCCUCCGCAUCUGAGGUCAUGCGGGCUCUGCUGCAAGAUGGUGCCGAUGACUCGGACGCCAGCAAUCCAAUACCAACUGUGGAUGACUUCAAAAAACCUGACAGCCUAACCAAGGGAUACUUUGAAAAAGCCCUGGAGUCUAUGUCCACUAAGCUGAUACAAACAUGGCAAGCUACAGCAGACCAAAUAAGAAAAGAGAUCCUGGACCUAAACGCAAGAACGACCCACGUGCAGUCAAAAUGUAAAGAAUUUGCCUUGGCACAUAAUGGAGCAUGUGCAGGCACUGGAACAGAGAUUGGACCUCAUGGAAUCCUGUAUGUCAGACUAGGAGGACAGAGCAAGGAGGAAUAA